AUGACGGUACCGGCGGAAAAGAAGACGCGGCCUUACUUUGGGCUAACGGGAGGAUGGCUGACCUUCUGGGUUACGGUUGCGUGUGCAACUGACAUGACCCUCUUUGGCUAUGACCAAGGUGUUUUCAGCGGCGUGGUAAUCACGCAGGACUUUCUCGAAAUUCACGACCUUAUCGGUCCCACCAAGACCAAGACCCUAUCGACGGUGACGGCGAUUUACGAUGUCGGAUGUUUCCUCGGAGCUAUAUUCGCAUUCACCAUCGGGGAGCGACUGGGUCGCAAGAAGGCGGUCUUAGUGGGAACAACCAUCAUGGCUGCUGGCGCCAUUCUUCAAACAGCCUCAUUUAGCCUCGGGCAGAUGUUUGUAGGUCGUAUAGUAUCAGGUAUCGGAAACGGUGUCAACACAGCGACGGCUCCCGUGUGGCAAACCGAGACUUCGCAGCUCAAGUGGCGAGGUAAAUUGGUCAUUCUGGAAAUGAUGAUGAAUAUCGCGGGCUACUGCUUUGUAAACUGGGUGAACUAUGGUCUUUCUUUCGCCGGUGGCGCCGUCGCCUGGAGGUUUCCACUUGCGCUUCAGUUCUUGUUCCUCUUUAUUUUGUGGUCUACCACGCCAUGGCUGCCGGAAUCUCCUCGAUGGCUGCUGGCCCACGGAAAAGAAGACGAGGCCAUCGAGGUCAUCAGCUGCCUCGAAGCAAAACCGCUUGACGACCCCUUUGUCAUUGCCCAGAGAAACGAAAUCAACUUUACCCUCCGAUAUGAACGCGAAAAUGCCGUGCGGUGGCGAGAUCUGCUUAAGAAGCCACCAAACGACACCAACACCCUCCGGCGUCUUCUCCUGGGUGCCGGAAGCCAGUUUAUGCAACAGUUUGGCGGCAUCAAUAUCAUGUCCUACUAUCUCCCGACUGUCCUGAAAAGCUCCGUUGGCAUGGAUGACGAGAUGGCUCGUUUGUUGACAGCUUGCAAUGCCAUCUCGUAUUUCUUCUUCGCAGGCCUUGCAGUCCUUCUUGUCGAGCGGAUGGGUCGACGUGGUCUAAUGCUUCUCUCUACCUUCGGUCAAUUUAUAUGUUUCUUGAUCAUCACGGUCCUACUGCGCUACGCGGUUACUUACCCCGAUAACAAGUCAUACGGAGCUGCGUCUGUCGCUUUUAUAUUCCUGUUCCAUGCCAGCUUCGGAGUUGGAAUGCUAGGAGUGCCGUGGCUCUAUCCCACCGAGAUCAACUCUUUACCGAUGAGAACGAAAGGUGCGGCACUCGCAACGGGAACUGACUGGAUUACCAACUUCGUCAUUGUCGAAAUUACUCCCAUUGGCAUUCAGAAUAUCGGCUGGCGAUUCUGGAUCGUUUGGACAGUCACCAAUCUGCUCUUUCUGCCAAUUUUGUAUUUCUUGUACCCCGAAACUGCGAACCGAAGCCUGGAGGAUAUCGAUGCCUACUACCGGUCGAAGCCGUCUCUUAUUGUGGUCGGAGACCGUGAUGCAACAUGCAGGGGCCGUCCUCAGAAAUACAUCGAUCGUGAAGACGAGGAAAUCGAGAGAACGGCUGCCAACAAAGGUCUUCCACCCGUCUCUGCGGCGCAUGUGGAGUGGACUGAAGAGAGCAAGUAG